CACAGUAAAAUUAAUAGAUUCUCACUUUCGUUCCUUGAUUACCCGCCAAGUGUGCGGUUUUGUUUAUUACUAUUAUUUUAUGUUUUUGUGUUUGUUGAGUUCAUAAUGUUAAACGCAAUUGGUUUUAAAAGAGGAAUUUCACUAAAUGUAUUCGAAAUUUUGUUUCUACUCUAUUUUGUAAAUUCCAGGAAAGGGAGACAAAUUCAAUUAUUUGUUCUGGAGACAGCAGUUGACUAAUAUUAACCGCCAACUGUUUUAUUUGAUUUGAUUUUCAACAACGGAUUUGUGGUAUGGUGACGAGAGAUAUCUUGGCUGGCGGUACGCUUACAACAAUUGUAUACCGCAGUUAACAUGGGGCAAAAUAAUACAGACUCCUAUCCUCAUAAAAUUUAUUUAUUUAUUUAUUUAUUUAUUAAAUUAUUUGACUUAAUUUUCAAUAACAGAUUUAUUGUAUCUGGCAAGCAAUACCCUGGUUGGCGGUACGCUUACAACCCUUGCACGCCAGUCGACGUAGGACAAAAUGAUCCAGAUGCUGAUCCUCAUAAACUUUGUCGAGAUGUGGCUAUUUGCAAAUACGCCGAAAUUGAAAAACCACGUGAGUACUUUGAGGUUGGUCUGCAAAGAGACAUCAGCUGUGAAAUAAGCCAAGAGGGACAGAUAGAGCUGGUCUACAAAACCAAUGAUCCCAGCAUUGACAAUCCACAUUCCAGAGUCGAGUUCCACUGCGACGAGUCAGCCUCAGACCCAACGUUUCAAACCGAGGAUGAAGAUAAUUAUAUAUUUUCCAUUAAACACUAUUGUGCUUGUCGAGACCGUUGUUCACCAUGGCCUGAAACCACGUCAGGUUUUUCUCCAGACUCUUUGAAAACGAAGGUUCAGCUGGAAGCGAGUCAAGAAGAACAAGACGACAAUGGAACAAGAAUCGUCCCAGCCGUUGUGGCGGUUGCUGGAGUGAUCGUUGCUGUCCUAGUGGUAGUGGUGCUGUGGCGGAGAUUCCGAGCCCGCAACAACACUUUGGAGAGACAGCGUAUCUUGUUAUAGUUUUCUGAUUCAGAAGCUCGCUUUAAAAACGAGAGAUAGCCUGGGCCGAGGGUGCAAGCACAGCUGUCUAUGGGAUUUUUUAGAAAUAUUGCGGGAACGCAGAAUUUGAUGUUUAUUUCAGGGUUAAUUAUAAGUGAAGGGAAGAUAAAACAGAUCAUUGACUAUGGACAUAAGAAACAAUCGGAAAAGGACUUUCUAAGAGUGUUUUUCUGGUUCCUUAUCUUCUCUCGACUUAUAAUUACACUCAAACUGGAUCGUUCUUUUCCACGCAGUUUUCAAAGUUGCAGUGCAAUUUUACAAUACUGAUAAUACAGCUCCAUUCUCGUCUUUCCAUGACCAAAAAUGCGCUACACUAAGUAACAGGUUGAGCUCACGUUCCCAUUUAGCAAGUGUGGUUCCCAUUUAGCGAUGUGAGCUGAACUUGCUGUUUAUUUCUCGCGGUCUGUUGACAAACAACCAUGGAAAAACUGUUUCUUUCAUGUUGUUCACAGAAGUAGUAGUGUUACUUCAGCCAUACACGAAUAACAAAAUCGGAAAUUGUCCAGACGCGAACAAAACGUGACAGCCUGAUAAAAAAAAA